AUGGAAGAAUCCAUGAGAUUUUGGAGAAAAGGUCCGUGGACUACUGAAGAAGAUAGCUUGCUUACUGAACAUGUCAAGUUGCAUGGCGAAGGGCGAUGGAACUCUGUGGCUAGACUUGCUGGGUUGAAAAGAAAUGCAAAAAGUUGUAGGCUAAGGUGGGUGAACUAUCUCAGGCCGGACCUAAAAAGAGGCAAAAUUACCCCUCAUGAGGAGAAAAUUAUUCUUGACUUACAUACGCGAUGGGGAAAUAGGUGGUCAACAAUUGCACGAAGCUUACCUGGACGAACGGAUAACGAGAUUAAGAAUUACUGGAGAACUCAUUUCAAGAAAAAAGGGAAGUUGAACUCAGAUGAUUCAGUAAAGCUGAAAGCACGUCUAUUAAAGCGACAAAAGUUCCAACAAGAACAACGGAAUCAAAUUCAAUUACAAAAGAACAAAGAAGACAUGGAAAAAGUAUUGUUGUUGCUUGAAGAAAGUAACAGCAAAGUAGCCUCGAGGCACCAAGACAUGGUUCAUGAGGAAAUGCCGAGCGUCUUGUAUCCGAUGACGUUUAACGAUUCCCAACAUGUGGUAGAAACCAACUCCAUGUAUGACGAUUUUGUUUUGUGGGAUGGUUUGUGGAACUUUUAGGAUGGUCCUAAUGCCACAACCAAAGGUUGUGUGCCUAUGCCUUCCUUUUAAUCAUCAAAAGUGGCUAAAAGUAGCCACAUAACUUGUACCGUUACUAUUUUCUUGAUGCAACUUUAACUUAAUAAAAUAAAGACUAAA